AUGUCUGCAACUCCUUUCAUCCAAUAUCUAGGUCCUACAAAUCUUGAUGGAUAUGACCGCAAACGCCCCGCAACAGAGCAACCCGAUAAUAUUCCCAAAACAUUCCUAGACGCAAUGGAAGUUCGAGAAAGUGUCUUCGUUCAAGAGCAAGGCGUUCCUCUCGAAAAUGAAUUCGAUUCUGACGAUCCUCGAGCUUGUCACUGGGUCAUUUAUGCUUCAGUGAACGAAACCAUCGAUCCCGAAGUUAAAGACGAUGUUGGGAAUAUACUACAGAGAAAGAAAAGUAGAACUACAUCCCAACCCAUUGGUACAAUUCGCCUUGUACCAUUUCCUCAUCCACCACAUCCUGAACCAGGGUCGAGCUAUCAUGCCGAUGCGCUUGAAACCGCCUCGACGUCCGACGGUACAAACCUACCACCCUACAUUGUCGAUCGAGCAACCACAUAUCAUGAUGGAGUGGAGCCAUAUAUAAAGUUGGGCAGAAUUGCAGUUAUCAAGGAGUGCAGAGGUGCCGGUAUCUCUAAUUUAUUGGCAGGAGCGGCUAUGUCGUGGGCCCAACAAAACCCCUCAUUCUUCAACCCCUCUAUCGCCACAAUAGGGAUGGAAAAUAUGGGAGCUUCGAGUACAGAAGAAAUACCAGUAUGGAAAGGUCUGAUGUGUGUUCACGCACAGGAACAGGUUGCGCUCGCUUGGGCUAAGUGGGGGUUCAAAAUCGACGAGGGAAUGGGGACGUGGGACGAGGAGGGAAUCAAACAUGUGGGAAUGUUCCAAAGGGUGAAAACGGUCAACAUUGCACCUGCCACGAUAUGA